UAUAACCAGUCAUUUGCGGCGUUAUCGCAGACCAGAUCGGAACAGUCAAGAUGAAGCUGUUGCUACUAUGUCUAUUACCGGUCGUGCUAUGUGCACCUCUAAUUAAAGAUCAGAAGAGAUUCCUCUGGACGGGAUUUGAUAUCAGUUCAAUAUUUGAUCUUGAUACUUUGAAAUGUGAUGUGCAGAAAUUGCUUGACAAAGUGGGAUCGGACCCGAGUGAACAGGCGUGCGAAGACGAAUGCUACAAAUUGGUACAAGAAGGGCAUUAUCUAGCACACGGUUGCCCACUUGUUUGCCAUUCAGUGCAAAAUCUAGCCCAAUAUUUCCAUGAGACACCGAAACCAGGGGAUGCAUCUCUUCCAUGUGGCGGACUUGUAACACAGGGAACCAAAUAGGAUCGUUUCUCUUUGUAAUUGAACUUGAAUGUAAUACAAAGUCUAUCUUGGUGUCA